UUCUUCGAAUUUUUUGCAGGGAAUGUUUGCCUCGUGUGACGUAAUCUUUGUAGUGUAUGUCUCGUUCGACGUUUAUCAUUUUUGUCGGCGAAGUGCAGUUACGAUCUUGAGUGCUGAUCGCUCAUCGGAACAAGGGCAUUAAGACGACACCAUUUAUCCAUCAUUGUUGACAUGGACGACUUGGUUGUGAGACGGAGAGUGCGUAAGACGGAGUCAAAAGAGUUCGUGGCAGACGAUGUGAACGCUGGAAAUGAUGCGAAUAAAGAUUCAGCGACAUAUGUAUCGAAUUUCUCGACUCGUGUCUUUCCGAGCUUAUGGCAUGGUGUAAGCGUGACCAUUGGACUGCUUAUCGGCAUUGGCCUGUGCCUGGGCAUGGCGGAGUACCUUCAAAUGCUUCACGAGAACAUGCUGUGGUUUAGCAGUUUGAAGGAGCUCGAAAGGGAGAUUUCUUUCAAAGCUGAUCAAGCAUUCUACUAUUCCUUUUUUAAGAACUACAUUCGUUCGCCCAAUUCCGAUGCCUCACUGCGUUCGUUCGAGGUCGAAUUUUCCCGGCAAGGUGGAGUUAUACCGACCGAACGGUUCAACGUUUUUCCGGAAUCCGUCUUGGCAUCUCUAUAUCUGUUCCUUGCACCAGCUCAGAUGCCUGCGUCAAUAUUUUAUGCAGACUGCGUCUUUGGCAUUCAAAUGCUUUUGGUAGCAUCAAUUUUUUUGAUAUCCUGGUCAUUGGCCGGCUCGUGGCUCGCUGGUCUCAUAGCAGUUGGCUUUUUUGCACUGAACCGAGAUAAUGCGACGAGAGUUCCCCAUGGAGUUGGACUUCGAGAGGCCUUCGGACUUCCCUUCUUAUUUGCGCAGCUCGGAUUGCUUGGAUGGAUUAUUGUUCAGCGGGAAUCUCAGUCUAAAAAGCUAGAGCGGGUUCUUCAGAAUGCGUUGAUUUCACUUUGUGCUACGUCAGCCGGGAUCGUAGCUGUUCUCUCCUGGCAAAUGACUCCGUAUUUGCUCACGGUGGUUGUUCUAUCGCUCUUGGUGCUGAGAACGUUUCGGUUUGCCCCUGCUGGAAGAGUCAUGAUUGCGUGUAUUUGCAUUGCAGCAUCUAUUUUUGCUGCAUGGGUGAUUCAGCCUCUUCCAUACUUGCUGCGGUCUCCUGCACUAACUGGCAGUUUAAUCGUUUGCUUGAACUGCGUUUAUACUCCGUUGAGUUAUUUCGAGAGGAAAUUUCGUGGAUUGCAAAUCGAGAAGAUUGUACCUCCGUUGAACUUUGUCGUAACUUUGGGUGCGGGUAUUUUGGUGUGGCUUGCUGUUAACGACGUCGUGGGAGGUGGUGCUGACGAUGAUCACAUCCUACGAUUUUUCUGGUCUCGAAUUUUGGGCAGACAAGACAUCAGUGACUUGGAAGUUCAAUUGUACGUGUGCCAUGAUGCUUUCGAUCUGCUGGGCCAAGACACCAUUUUGUCACUGACAGGCACAUUUCUCUUUCCGCUGUACAACUUCUUCGUGUGUUUAUGGGGCAUUUCGUUCGUCGUGUAUUUGAGAGAUUCUGGGAAAGGAAUCAGAUCAACCAAAAGCCUCAACGACGAUGGAAAAACCAAGCAUUUAUCUUUGUUCUCAUUGUUGACCAUCGGACGUGCUGAUCUUGUCCUACAUAUAGGUUUGAGCUUAGCAUUUGGAAUUGGGGCGCUGCUGAUGAAGCGAUUGUUGUGCCUGUGGGUCCCUUACAUGUGCAUUCUGGUUGGUGCCGGAGUUGCAGACCAGCGCAUGUGGUCUAUUUGCCUCGGUCCCGAUUGUCUAAAUAAAAGUCAGGCGAAGAAACAAUGGCCUGCCAAAGUUGGGCGAAUUGGGGUUUGCGUGCUGAUUCUUUCUGUGGUUGGAUGGAAACUUGAGGAGAAAGUCAGAGGAGAAGCCGGUGAACUGCGAGAAUUUUAUGACCCGGACUCUGUUUCCUUGAUGGACUGGAUUCUGAGUUCUUCGUCGCCGACCGAAUCUGUUUUUGCUGGAUCCAUGCAGUUGAUGGCCACUGUUCAUGCAACUACUGGGCGAGCGAUUACGAAUCACCCACAUUUUGAGAAUGCGUGGCUCAGAAACCGGACGAAGGAGGUUUACCAAAUUUAUGGGCAUUUGUCGCCGGAAAAAGUUCACAAGAUUCUAUCUGCUUUUGGAACUACGCAUAUCAUCGUGGAAGAAUCCCUGUGCACAGAAGCAAUUCCCUCGCCGGUCAGGUCCGGGGCUCAAUUUUGCCGUCUCGUAGAUCUCGUGGAUUUGCAAAACGGUCAUGUACCGACGACGAUGAGAAAUAUUCCGGAUGGAUUGGACCUGAAGCCCCCGAAAGCACCAUUGUUCUGCUCGGCGCUUGAUUCGCACAAGUCUUCGAUACCCGCGUAUGGCGUGAAUAAAAUGGCAAAAUCCAACGACUUCUUGCCGUAUGGGAAUUUCGAGCCGAAAAUUGUGACAGACAUAGAUGGAAAGUUCCCGGUUGUCGUUUACGAAAGCACUGCGACGAAGUUGAGGGUCGCUGUGCUGCAAGUGGACGGACCUCUGGUCAACGGUUAUCUUCUAGUCCCGACGGAACCGACUGCCAGUGAUGGUCUGCCUCAUACGCUAGAACACUUGGUUUUUCUUGGCAGCGAAGAGUAUCCAUUUAAGGGUGUCCUGGAUCUGCUAGCGAAUCGUUGUCUUGCAAACGGAACAAAUGCUUGGACGGCAAUGGACUCGACAGUUUACACCGUCAAGACUGUUGGAGGCGAGGGAUUUUGCAAUAUUUUGCCCAUUUAUAUGGAUCAUGUCUUAUAUCCCACAUUGAAGGACGCUGCGUACACAACAGAAGUGUAUCAUGUCACGGGUGAAGGGAAAGACGGAGGCGUCGUGUAUAGUGAGCUGCAGACGUCGGAAAACACUUGCAAAUGCAAGGCGUUUCGUAAGAGUAUGGAGUUGUUGUAUCCCAACAGUAAUUACCGCUAUGAUCAAGGUGGGCUCAUGGAAGAUCUACGGAUGACCAACAAUGAACAAGUGAAAGCCUACCACAAGCGGUUCUACAGGCCAGAAAAUUUGGUUGUGAUUGUUACUGGUAAAGUAGAACCCGUGGAAAUUCUGAAAGCGUUGGACCCGAUUGAGCAGAAGAUAAUAAAGAAGGGACCUCAUCCGGAGCCGUAUGUGAGACCGUGGAAUGAACCAUUGGAGCCUCUUUCCGAGAGUGUGGACACGGAAAUUUUGUAUCCUGCCGAUGAACUCAAGCACGGACUUGUGGAAAUCGCUUUCCGCGGUCCAGCUGUCAUGGACUUGCGCAGGUUGUGUGAGCUGGACAUAAUUCUAGAUUAUAUGAUCGACACUGCAAUCAGCCCGAUGAGGAAGAUGUUCGUGGAAAUCCCGGAACCACUCGCCAGUAGCGUGUCUCAUUACAUUAUGGACAACCAAGUGACAGCUGUGUUCUUCACAUUCGAAAACGUUCCUGCAGAUAAAUUGGGUGUGAUCAAGGAGAAAUUUUGGGCAGUUUUGAAGGGAUUGACGGAGGCCACGUUGGACAUGAACCGUGUCCAAACCAUCAUUAGGAAGAAAGUUUUCGAGUGCUGGUCAGCGUUGGAAAGCGAUCCUCAUAGUGCUGUCAGCGAUGACGCGAUCACAUUUGCCACGUAUGGUGACAGUGCUGACGAUCUCACGUUCAUGCUGAACUCCGACAAGUACAUGGAUGUUUUACUCGGGAAGAAUGCGGCUUUUUGGAUCAAAAUCUUGAAGGAGUAUUUCGACGAGGCCAAACCCCACGUUACGAUCAGAGCCAGGCCCUGCAAAGAGCUGAAAGCCAAACUGGCUGCUGAGGAGGAAGCACGGGUGGAAGAACGCGUUCGAACACUGGGACCCGAAGGUUUGAAGCAGAAGAAGGAGACUCUAGACCAGGCCGUUGAAGCGAAUGAGGUGGAACCCGAGGAUGAUAUGAUGACGUCGGUGCCGAUCCCGAACAUGGAGAACUUGAAUUUCCUGUCGAUAAAACUGUACUCCAACUAUGUCCUGAACAAGGAAAGCAAAGUGAUCAACUCUGCCGCUCCGCAUUUCGACUUGUCCAAGAUUCCGAUUCGAAUGCGAGUUGACGAUGUCAAUUCGAAUUUUGUCAGAAUUAGGAUGGCCCUGGACACUACGAAUUUGGAUCCAGGAUUGAGGCUGUACCUGCUGCUUUAUCUCGCAUUGAUCGGGGAAUCAGCAUUGCUAUUGCCCCCAGGGUUUGAGUGGCACGGGGUGCGAGAUUCGAGUGACAGACCGAUUGUGUUGCAGCCCGACGGCUCUACUUUGGUACCAUACGAGAUCGUGGUGAAGCAGAUUGAAACGGACACUGAAGGAGUGGGCGCCCAUUUGGGCCUGAGUGCGGGAGGCUCGUUUUCCGCGGGGAUUUUCGCCAACUACGUCAUGUUCUUCGCAAAGGUGGAGAUUGGGAAGUACAAGGAAGGAAUUCGUUGGUUGCGAGACUUGCUGUUUUUCACCCAUGUGCAACCUGACCGAGUCCAGGUGGCUGCUUCGAAAAUUGCUCAAAGCGUCAAUGAGAAGAAGCUCAAGGGAGGAACCAUUGCUAAAGCUCUUGUCGCGGACAUGCAAUACGUCAAAGGGUCGAAUCCAUGGGCAGUGAGCUUGCUCCGCCAGCAGAAAGUGUUGAAUCAGAUAUCUCGGGAUUUGAGUGAGGCUUUGCCGUCGAACCCGAAAGCAGAUGAUUUGCCAGUCAUACAAAGCCUGAUAAAGUUGCGAGAAUUUUUCGUGGGGAGUGCGAAUUCCAUGAUUUUGUACAUGGCCACCGACUUGGAGCGAUUGCACGAGAAGCAGGGAGGAGUCGGAAGUCUGGAGCAGCCGUGGGUUGAUAUCAUGUUGGAGUCACUGAAGAAGAAGGCUGUUGUCGACGAACCAAUGGAUUUCACAAAGCCUCUUGUCAUGGUGCCGGAUGUAGCGUUGUUGGCGAGGACGUCGAUCAGAUUGGCAGCGGGCUCAUCGGAAUGUGAUUCCAAGACCGGCUGCAUUGUGGGCAUGGGUUCAGUGGAGUCUGCGUACAUCUACCAGACGAUCCCGACGGAGGUGCAGUCGAUGCUGCAUCCGGACUUCCCGGCAUUGAUGGUGUUCCUUGAGUAUUUGAAUCAAGCUGAAGGUCCAUUGUGGAAAGGAGUCAGAGGACAAGGGCUGUCGUAUGUCUAUUCGUUGUCACUGAAUACGUCGAAUGGAAUGCUCUCCUUGAUUCUUGGAAUGGCUGCACAACCUGUCGACGCUUUCCGAGUUGCCAGUGAGAUCAUCAAAGAGCACGUUACCGAAGGAUUUGAGUUGGAAGAGGAUUUAUUCGAGGCAGCCAAGUCGUCUACAAUGUAUGGACUGGUCAGCAAUGAAGAGUCUGUGGCGGACUUGGUGCAGCUGUCACUCAUGUCCGGCUUCCGAGGAAUUCCAGUCGACUUCACCAGGACACUGAUGGAUCGAAUUUGGAAGCUGGAUGAGGAAGAAGUUGUUUCCGCUGGGAGGAAAUACGUUACGCCGGUUUUAGAUCCGACCAAGUCGUUAUGUGCUGCUGUGUGUCAUUCAGCGAAAGUCGAUGACAUUGUAUCCGCCUUUAAAUUGUUUGGAAGGAACCUGCACCCAUUCGAGUCCGUGGAAGCUUCAUUCCUGAGCGAUAUGUGA